AUUAUUCUGAAGCACCUACAUUACAGUUUCCUUCAAUAGCGGCAAAAUAUUAUUUUGUUUUGUGCGUUAGAUGGCGCGAUUAAAUAAGUGUUUCUCAUCUAUGUGAAACCCAGAGAAUCGUGUAACUUUAUUUCCUUUCCUAUCAUUAACUUUAUAGGCUAUAUUUCUUUUACUUUGGAGUGUUCAAUACGCACGGUUUAUCCAAAUUAGUGUUGUACGUGUCAAUCUAAAUAUGCCUAAAGAAAAGGAGUCGUUAUAUACCCGAAAAUACCGAGUUGCUUGGGAAUCCGAUGUUGAACUUAAAGGAUGGAUUGGUCCUGUAUUAGCAGAUGAGACAAAGUCGCUUUGUAAGAUAUGUAAAUGUACUUUAGCUGCACAUAAAAAAGACUUACUGCUUCACGGUAAAAGUAAGAAACAUCAAGAGGCGGAGAAAAGAUCUUUGGCUGGCCCGAAUAGUAAAUAUUCAUUGAUUAUAGAUGAGAGCACUGCAGUCGAUUCCACAAAAAUGCUAUGCGUUAUGAUAAAAUAUUUUAGUAAAAAGCAAACUAAGAUUGUUACGACUUUCUACAAACUUAUCGAAAUUGAAAAGGGAGAUGCCAUAACUAUCUCGGCUGGAGCUAGACGGUUUAAAAUUAGGGAAUCUAAUAGGAAUCGGUGUUGA